AUGAAUUGCCCCUCACGCACCGACGACACCGAAGCUCAUCCGGACUGGAACCAGAAUCCGCAAGCCCUGAGCUCAGACCUGACGACAAGGGCGGACUUCAAUGGGAUUGUGAAUCUCAGAGAAGAGAGAGAUACAGAAUCGAGUCCGGAUAAUGAUGCGCAGGAAGACCUACGGGUCAUGCCUGUCGACAAUGCAGAAUCACCUUCAAUUGUCCUGAAGUCACCCGCCGCUGUCAAGGUUGAUCCGCUAGCGCAACAGCCAGCGGCCAUUCAACAAACCCACCCACAACGAUUUCAGAGCUUCCGCUCUCCGUCUGCCUUCAUAAACAAGGCCAUAUUUACGACGCAAAAGUAUGCGAAAUUCGUGGGUCCGGGAUUUCUCAUCGCCGUCGCCUACAUCGAUCCGGGAAACUAUGCUACGGACGUCGAAGCGGGAGCGGCCACGAGAUAUGGUCAUUUAUUCAUCAUCCUCAUGUCCAAUUUGUUUGCAAUCUUUCUGCAAUCUCUCUGUAUCAAGCUGGGGAGUGUCACGGGGCUCAACUUGGCUGAAAACUGUCGGAAACACCUGCCCAGGUGGCUAACAAUCAUUCUAUAUUUGUUUGCGGAAUCCGCCAUCAUCGCCACUGAUAUUGCAGAGGUCAUCGGUUCAGCAAUAGCCCUCAACCUUCUCCUGCACAUUCCUCUAAUUGCAGGAUGUGCCAUAACGUUGGUCGACGUUCUGCUGCUUCUCCUUUUCUAUCGUCCGAAUGGUUCCAUGAUGCAUCUGCGACUGUUCGAGUAUUUCGUCAUGAGCCUCGUCCUUGGCGUCAUGGUGUGCUUCUGCAUCCAACUGUCCUUCAUCAAAGACACGACGGCCGGGGAAGUAUUCAAAGGUUAUCUCCCCUCUGCGGCAAUCGUUGAAGGAAACGGUGUCUAUCUGUCCUGUGGCAUCAUUGGAGCCACCGUUAUGCCCCAUUCUAUCUUUUUAGGAUCCGGCGUGGUGCAGCCGCGCCUAAAGCAAUUUGACCGGCAGCAUGGGCACAUCCCAGCGGGCGAGCAAUCAGACAGUGAAGAGGAGAAAUAUGUGCCUUCCAUCUAUGCCAUUCGAGCUUGCCUCAAGUAUUCGAUUGUGGAGCUAGCUUCUUCACUCUUCACUUUUGCCUUGUUUGUCAACUCGGCCAUCCUCAUAGUCUCUGGAGCGUCUCUUUAUCCGGAAACCGCUGCUACGGAGGCCGAUCUCUUUGGCAUCCACGAUCUUCUGAGUACGAAUCUUUCCAAGGCAGCAGGCACUAUUUUCGCGCUCGCCCUCCUGCUAUCGGGCACCUCUGCCGGCAUUGUCUGUACCAUGGCCGGCCAGAUGGUGUCUGAGGGGAUGUUGCACUGGACUUUGAAACCCUGGGUGCGCAGGCUGAUCACCCGAUCCAUCAGCAUCGUCCCCAGCAUUAUUAUCGCCGCUGCUGUGGGAAAAGAUGGAUUGAACUCAGCCUUGACUGCAAGUCAAGUGUGCCUGAGCGUCAUCUUGCCCUUCGUCACUGCCCCUCUUGUCUGGUUCACCUGUCGAAGCCAGAUCAUGACCGUGAGGACGGAUAACAACGGAGAAGCGGUGAAUAUGCGGAACGGUUGGAUUGUCACGAUCCUUGCUACAACUAUCUGGCUUGUGCUAGUGGUGAUGAAUGUGGCUCUGCUGGUUCUUGUUGGCCUGGGGAAAGCGUAA